AUGAAAACAAGUACUGCACAGUUCAAGACUAUUGUAGAUUUUAUGGAGAGGCAUGGAGACCUUAACAGGCCCUCCUAUGACGGACUUCAGGGCAAGCUUGAAAUAAUAAAAAAAUGGCAGAUGUUGGCAAAUUCUCUUAAUAGGGAACAUGGUGGAGACAGAAGGUCACUUGAAAAAUGGAAGAAGGUAUGGAGCGACCUCAAAAAUAAUACCAAGAGAAAAAGAUUAAAAAUUCUAAAAACAUCUGGCUUGCCUGAACAUUUAAGGCCUAAGCUGGCUUUAAAUGAAUUGGAAAAAAGGGUGCUAAAUAUUGUGGGGCAAGGAAACCCUUCAAGUUUGGAUACUACAGAAGAAAUGGGGGUCGAGAUACAAUACACAGACAAUUUAAAUCCGGAUGAAACUACUCCUGCGCCAACAACAGUACAAUUUCUAUCAACAGAAUUAGAUCCCCAAAUGUUUCAUUUGGAGAGUAUGUCAGAAGAAAACAAUAGUCACAAUUUUACGUCUACUGAGGGAUCACAAGAAAGGAGUUCUGAUGCAUCUAUAGAUAGUCGUAGAAGACUGUCUUCGCCACGUUCUCGGCAUAUUAAUAACCACGGUUCCGUAUUUCGUCGUACUCGUCGUUCGAGAGGCCCGUCUCGUCGUACAUUCGAAGUCAGUGACAGUCGCUGGCGCAAACUAUUCUCAGAACUCACAACUGAACACGUACGACUGCGAAAGAGAGAACUCCGACAGCAAGAACGAUGGCAAGACCUGUUUGAAAGAUUCGUUGAUUGUAUGGAAAAAUUUAUUAAUAAAUGA